AUAUUUUCUUGUCCUUAUCUUUAAAUAAAAAGUUUUUUGCUACCUAAAAGAAAAUUAGUAAAAUCUAAGCAAACAGGAAGUAGAAUUGUCCUCUAAUAUAGCCCAUAAUUUUCUCAAAGUUUGCGGCUUAAUAAUUGUACUUGCUGGCGACGCCUUUGCUAAGCCUCUGUUUUGUGUACGUGUGUGUCUGUAUCUGUUUUGUGAAAAUUGUAAAAAAUGUCUGCCGAAGUAGACUUUAUAAAUAAAAAAGAAGUGCAUUUGCGCACACUGAAGCAAUCCGGACACGUAGGAUUCGAUAGCUUACCGGAUCAGUUGGUCAACAAGAGCGUACAAAAUGGAUUCGUUUUCAACGUCAUGUGUAUUGGCGAGACGGGAUUGGGAAAAUCCACGUUGAUGGACACAUUGUUCAACACAAGCUUUGAAUCGACACCCAGUCCUCAUACACUGCCCAGCGUCAAAUUGAAGGCGCAUACUUACGAGCUGCAAGAGAGUAAUGUGCGUCUUAAGCUAACGAUUUGUGACACUGUGGGUUACGGCGAUCAAAUUAACAAGGAUGACUCCUUCAAAGCUGUCGUCGACUAUAUUGAUGCACAGUUUGAGAGUUAUUUACAGGAGGAAUUAAAAAUCAAGCGGUCGCUGGUUACAUGUCAUGAUAGUCGCAUACACAUCUGUUUAUACUUCAUUUGUCCAACAGGACAUGGUCUGAAGUCCCUAGAUUUGGUGUGCAUGAAAAAGUUGGAUAGUAAAGUGAAUAUAAUACCAGUUAUAGCCAAAGCUGAUACGAUUUCCAAGGUCGAACUCCAACGGUUCAAAGCUAAGAUUAUACAGGAGCUAAACACAAAUGGUGUGCAUAUUUAUCAGUUUCCCACAGAUGAUGAAACCGUUGCAGAUACCAACAGCGUUAUGAACUCCCAUAUACCCUUUGCUGUUGUGGGCAGCACUGAGUUCAUUAAGGUGGGCAACAAGCUAAUACGUGCACGUCAGUAUCCUUGGGGCACUGUGCAGGUUGAGAAUGAGACUCACUGCGAUUUUGUCAAGCUGCGAGAAAUGCUUAUACGCACCAACAUGGAGGAUAUGCGUGAGAAGACCCACACGCGCCACUAUGAACUGUAUCGACAGAAGCGUCUCGAGCAAAUGGGAUUCAGUGAUGUGGACAGCGAGAACAAACCUGUCUCAUUCCAGCAGACCUUUGAAGCAAAACGCUCCAAUCAUUUGGCCGAGCUUCAAUCCAAAGAGGAAGAGGUGCGUCAGAUGUUUGUGCAGCGUGUCAAAGAGAAGGAAGCUGAGCUAAAAGAAAGCGAGAAAGAUUUGCAUUUAAAGUUUGAGAAAUUGAAGCGCGAUCAUGCCGAGGAGAAGCGUAAGCUAGAAGAAUCUCGUAAAGCUCUGGAGGAGGACUAUUUGGACUUUCAAAGACGCAAGCAACAGCUGGCUACGGCACAUCAUACACUCACGCUGGGCAAAAGCAAGAAGAAAUAGAUGUCAAUUUUUGAUUUGGCCAUAAAUCGAGUAUUUUGUGCGUUUUGCUUAUCCCAAAGUAAUUAAUGCUUUUCCAUCUCGUUAUAUUUCAUUUAUGCUAUUAAGUUUAUUUCAAAUAUU